UCGAAUCUCGGCUAAGGAACAGGUUCAAUCUUUAGUAAUAAAAAAAUCGUACAAAUCAUGUGAAUUUUUACUCGAAUUUAGUUGAAAAUAGGAGUUUAUACUACAUUAUACGUCAAAAUCGAAAAACGACACGCACACGAUGUUGCAAUUUCUGAAAAAGUCAGCCGCGGUGAGGAAAAAAUCCGGAAGUGGCAGCAUUUCGUCACAUGAAGACGGCAUAGGCGGCAAAACUGGCGAUGCAGUUGUAAUUACUGCUUGCCACCAGCAAGUGGCUAGCGAUGAGGAAGUUCUGGCGGAAGCUGAGCAAUUCUGGAUGGACCAGCAUCUAGAUACGGCGGAAAUAAGGUCACGGUUGUCGCGGAAUCUGUUGGAUAUUUUAACCGAACAAAGCUGCUUUUGUUAUUUUGUUCAGUUUUUGGAAACCAAGGAUGCACUUCCUUUGAUUAAGUUUUGGCUUGAUGUAGAGAGCUUCAAGGCAGCAGCAGCGGAAGGUCUGAAAUGGGAGAAUAGAAACGGAAUCUGUAGUAAAAUAGUGAAUCAUCGUCCACUUGACCGCAGUGUUUCAACUGAUGGAUACGACAGUUUAUCCUUCCGCAGUGUAGACUGUGAUUCAAUCUCAACAUUUUCGGAGAAUGUUUUUGAGGAAGGAACUGGAACUUCGACCGUCACAAUCACUGACCCGGACAGCGAUCCGAGCUGUCGAACUUCGGGUGCUUGCACACCAACACCAGUACCGCUGGAAGUGGUCGUUGAAGAGGACAGAAAACCUGAAUCUGCUUUUCAGGAAGACGACGACCGCAAACGGAUUUUAGAGGUGCGUGAUUUGACCUUGCGCCAAUCACUAACGGACGAUGAAAAGACACAUAUUUUUGAAGCGAACAAACUGAAAUUGGAGGAACCCAAGAAAUCGAUGAAUGGGUACAAUUCGUUGAUUGAUUCUGAUGCAGUCCGAAUUUAUAGGAAAUAUUUGGUCAGCAAUUCGCCUUAUUACAUCGAGGUACCGGCAACGGUAAUGUCUAGCAUCUCGUUAGCAUUGUGCGGGGGAGCUUGUAGUGAGCGGAUCUUUGAAACUGCUCAACAGUAUUUGCUGGAAGUGCUGGAUAAAAGUUACCUGAAUGCGUUUCUCGAUAGUGGCUUCUAUUUGAAAUAUACUUUUGAAGUACUUUCUAGCAAUAAUGUUGAUCUAAGGGAUAUACUUUGCAGUGAGAUGGCACUGUUCUAUUUUAUGGAGUACCUGGAGCAGGAGGGCAAGCGACACAUUCUGGAAUUUUGUGUUACGGCAAGUCACUUUCGUAAGAGUACCGAGGGUAAUCAAACGCAGGCUGAUGCUUUGGUGCUGUACGAGAAAUAUUUUUCCCUCCAAGCAACAUGUCCAUUGAAUCUGAGCGACAAGGUUCGAUUUUUGAUAGAAGAGCAGAUUUGUUCUCAGGAUAUCACCACGAUUAAAAACUGCUUCGAGUUAUCCUCUAGGAUCAUCGAACGAUUCUUAGAAAAGCGAUAUUUUCAGGGCUUUUUGAAGUCUCCACUGUAUACUAAUUAUCUAUCGGAGCUCCUGGGAAGAAUUAAAAUGACAGCGUCAGGCGAAACAAUUGGAGGCAGCUUGGGAAUAUUAGCUGGACCCAAGCAAAUAUUCUCUGAUCGUACAAAAACACCCGGACAUAAACGGGGCCAUCGUAAAACGUUCUCCGAUGUGACAAACAAUAGCACCAACAGACCGAACCAUUCCUCUUUUAUUUCGUCGCAGAACACUUUGCUAGCCAUGUCGGAUGCAAGCUUCCACAGAAAACGUACUACUCCAUUGGGGAGCACCACGGCUUCUACAGGCAGUGAUAUGAUGCAAAUCGAUUCCCGUCAACUAUACAAUCCGGAUCUACUGUGGAAACGAAACUCCACCGCGGGAUUAACAUUCGGAAGGGUCGAUGCGCUUGGAAGGUAUGAGCGAGACUUUGACAUUGCCGAACCGCCUCAGGAUGAAGACCGAUGGAGCAAGAAUCGAUUCAAAAAGGCAAUGCGAAAGCUGGUCAAUUUACCGGAAGACAAAGCACAAGAAGAACUCGCUUGGCAAGUGGCUGAGAUGAUUGUCAACGAUAUCACCAGCAUCACGAUGAAUCACGGCGUUGACGAUGUACACAAAACGUGAUUACGGAGCGUUCUUUUUUCUCCUAUUUUCUCAGCGAACAAAGUUCAAGGAAGUAUUUCAAACCGUACGUACGUAUUAUUUUUGUUUUGUGGAUGGAGACAGUAUUUUGCUACCCUACUUGAAGUUAUUUUUACAUAUAUGUUAUAUUUUCAUUGAGCUAAAGCAUUUUUAUUUGUUUGUUUUAAAGAUUUUAUCUUUGUUUUUGUUUGUUCUAAAACCGUUCCAUUUUUAUGAUACGGAAUGUAUUUAUAAUUUAAAAGCAUGUACAAUUUAACAUCGUAAAUAGAGAUACGAGCAUUUAGACAUUUUAUUCUCAUCAAUUUCUACUAUUCUCUCUAAUGUUGAUAGACAUCUGAAACCGUAUGGUGCUUGAAGAAUUAAACUAGAUGAUCAGUUUUGAAAUUAUUUCAUCGCAAUUUGGUAAAUUAGUAAUAAGACACUACACGAAUAUAUUAUCAGUCUGGUUCAUUGUGAUCACAGGUAUGAAGGUUGAAUUUUACGGAAUUUAAGACUAAUUGGGAAAACAGAACAAAUCAAAAAAUCAUCAUAUCGGAUAAAGCAAUAUGAUGGAUGCAUUCUUUGCAAAAGCGUGCCAAUCUAGGAAGAUCAGAGUGUUGAAUUGUGUCCUCGAGUUGGCUUCAAAAAAUUAUUUCCAUUUCAUCGAUUUGUUAGUCCACUCAGACUGCUGUAUAUUAAUAUCUAUCAAGACACAGAUUAAUAAAAUGAAUACAAUAUAUAAAAGCAUGCUUUUUACUAGAUUUCGAAACAACAUUAAAUCACAGACCUACCAGACAUGACACUCGAGGA